GCCAAAAAGAAGAGUUGAUAAAAAUUUCGCAUCAAUUAGCUGCAAAAGAUUGAUGAAGAGAAAAAAAAAGGAGAUUUCGCUGCGUACAAAAAAAUCUCAGAAAACUCCAAAGCGUCAAUGAAACGGUUUUAAAGCAAAAGAAAAAAAUACCUUUCCAUAUAAAAGGGUGGCUAAAAGCAAAAGUCGUGCGAAAAUUUCCUGAACAUGGUUAGUGCAUAAAUCUCACAAGCAUGAUGAUUGCCGCAUUUCUUAAGCAUUGUUAGUGUAAAAUCUCCUAGACAUUAUUAAUGCAUAAGCCUCCUAAGCCUUAUUAUUGUAAACUUGAAGUUUUGGAUUAACAUUACUACUUGAUAAGCGAAACAAAAAAAAAAAAAAAUAGAAAUAAAGAGAAAAAAUAAGGAACCAAAAAAAAAGAAAAGCAAACCAAUGUGUUCACUUCAAUCCAGAUGAAGUAAAAAGGAAAAAAAGGGCUAAUUUUCCAGCUUUGUUAACUUGUAAACUACGUAUACACCCGUGCACCCACACCCCAACAAUGGAAGUUGAAGUUUUUAUCUAAGUGAAGAAGUUUAGUAGAAGGAAGGGAGAAAAGGAAAAAAGCGAGAAAUACGUAAAAUUAUGGCCACAACCCGGGGUCCAGCAUUCAACGACUUAACCAAGUAAAUAGGCAGACACUACACCGGCGCCGAUUGGAUUAUACUGACCAAAUGAAACAUUCAAAACCCUCUACACUACGCCGCACAUUAAAUGCCUUGCGACAACGUUUAACAAAACGUAGUCGAACGAAACCGCCCGAUUGGUUCGUCGAACGUUUUUCGAACCCAACAAAAAUUGAUAAGACAUCAACAACGGCAACCAACAGCAAUAACAACGAUGCCAGCGCAACAAAUUCAAUAGCACCUGAUACAGAGCAUGAGAUCAGGUGUUCCAGUCUCCUAUGUAAUCGUCUAUCAGUUAAUCCCACACUUCAGUCUCACUAUAGAUGGUUAGCUGUUGUUUCCUUAGCUGUCUUAUAUAACAUCAUUUUUGUAGUGGGUCGAGCUGUAUUUUGGGAGAUAAAUAACAAAGCGGCUAUCUUAUGGUACUUUCUGGAUUACUGGUGCGAUUUCAUCUAUCUUAUAGAUAUAUUGGUACAUAUGCACGAAGGUUAUUUGGAGCAAGGACUUCUGGUACGUGACGCCCAUAAAUUGCGUCGUCACUAUUUUAGUACAAAAGGCUGGUGUUUAGAUUUCCUUUCAAUAUUGCCCACCGAUCUGGCUUAUAUUUGGUGGUCGCCCGAUUUAUGCGGUCCAAAAAACCUGCCAUGCUCUGUAAUUGUACGCUUAAAUCGUUUACUAAGACUGCCACGUAUGUGGGAAUGGUUCGAUCGUACCGAAACUGCCACCGGUUAUCCGAAUGCAUUCCGUAUUUGUAAAGUUGUUCUCGCCAUUUUGGUGUUAAUUCAUUGGAAUGCUUGUAUGUUUUUUGUUAUCAGCUACGAACUGGGCUUUGGCACCGACAAUUGGGUCUACAAUCUGAAUGGCGAACGUAAUAGUAGCUUGCAACGUCAAUACAUUUACAGUUUCUAUUGGUCGACAUUGACAUUGACUACAAUUGGAGAGACGCCAACACCAGAAAAUGAUGCUGAAUAUUUAUUUGUUGUAGCGGACUUUUUGGCUGGCGUUUUAAUCUUCGCUACCAUUGUCGGUAACAUUGGCUCAAUGAUAUCUAACAUGAAUGUAUCACGCGUCGAGUUUCAAAAUCGCAUGGACGGUGUUAAACAAUACAUGGCAUUUCGAAAAGUGGGGCAUGAAUUGGAAGCUCGCGUAAUACGUUGGUUCGCGUAUACGUGGUCGCAAAGUGGUGCUCUCGACGAAGAACGUGUAUUGGCCGCUUUGCCAGAUAAGCUGAAAGCGGAGAUCGCAAUACAAGUUCACAUGGAUACCUUGAAACAAGUACGCAUUUUUCACGAUUGCGAACCAGGACUACUGGAAGCAUUGGUUUUGAAAUUAAGACUGCAAGUAUUCAGCCCAGGCGAUUAUAUAUGCCGUAAAGGUGACGUAGGCAAAGAGAUGUAUAUAGUGAAACGGGGCAAAUUAUCUGUGGUUGCUGAUGACGGUGUCACUGUAUUCGCUACACUUGGUGCUGGGUCGGUGUUUGGCGAGGUUUCAGUAUUGGAGAUAGCAGGCAAUCGCACAGGCAAUCGCCGCACCGCCAAUGUACGUUCACUUGGCUAUUCAGAUCUCUUUUGUUUGGCUAAACGUGAUUUGUGGGAAACUUUGGCAGAUUACCCGGAAGCACGUGCCACUCUUACUGAAAGGGGAUGUCAAUUGCUACGUAAAGAUGGUUUACUUGAUGAACAAGUGUUUGCAGAUUCGCAACGUGUUCAUGAUAGUAUAGAAGGUGGUAUAGAAAAAUUAGAAAUAUCUGUAGAAAAUCUUAAUAUGCGUUUGGCACGUCUAUUAGCCGAGUACACGGCGAGUCAGGCUAAACUGAAGCAACGUUUAGCGAAACUAGAGUUAAAUUAUCAUUUAGCUCACGCUUCACUAGCUGAACAACAUGCUCGGCCACCACGCAGUGGACGUCUAUAUUCAUUGCAACCGAAAAAACGACCAAAGCCUCGUCCUUCCUCUUCAGUGAAAUCAGUUGAAUACAAUAAACAGAAUACACUGUAAUAAUAAUAAUAAAAAAAAAAAAAAAGAGAAAAACAAAA